UGACUCUAUUCAGGCUCCAGGGCAGUUUCGUUUUCAUCUUUAGUGAUCACUAGACUGUUCUCCUUUUAACAUGUCUUUGAGGCAUCGUAAAUCCAGUGAACUUGACUUGUCUAACGAUGAAGAGAGCCCUCUGGCUGUGGCAAAACGUCAACAGAGAAGAUGGCGAUUGGCUUUUGCGGCAAUAUGUUUCACCAGGGCUCUUGUUUCUUUGUCAAGAAAAGCUCUCGAAAGGAAGAAACAAAUCUUUCGGUCCCUCUCUUAUGUUGCUAUCAAUGUCAAUAACGAAUAUACGUCGGAGGAUGGCGCGGCUUUUCUCAGUAUUGAUCAGAAAAUACUCUCCAGCGUGGUCAGAGAGAAGAGCUUGGAAUCUUUGAGUAAUCUUGGAGGCGUGAAACAAGUUGCUCAAAUUCUCGAAACCGAUGAGAAGAAUGGUCUUGAAGGUAAUGAGGCUAAUCUUUUACAUAGAACAAAUAUUUUUGGUUCAAACAGUUAUGAAAAGCCGCUUGCAAAAAGUUUCUUCAGUUUCGUUUAUGAAGCAUUCAAAGAUACCACCAUUAUAAUACUUCUAGUGUGUGCUAUACUUUCUCUGGCCUUUGGUAUCAAACAACACGGUUGGAAAGAAGGUUGGUAUGAUGGCGGAAGCAUAAUUUUUGCCGUCUUUCUAGUCAUUUGGGUGUCUGCUGUGAGUAACUUUAAGCAAAAUAGACAAUUUGAAAAGCUUUCAAAUGAGAGUGGUGACAUAAAAGUUGAAGUAGUACGAGAUGGCAGGCGCCAAGCCGUGUCAAUCUUUGAAGUUGUAGUGGGUGAUGUUGUGUGCUUGAAGAUUGGUGAUCAGGUUCCUGCUGAUGGGUUGUUCUUGAAUGGUCACUCCUUGAAGGUGGAUGAAUCUAGCAUGACUGGUGAAAGUGACCAUGUUGACAUCAAUGGCAGCAAGAAUCCUUUCUUGCUUUCUGGCACGAAGGUCACAGAUGGUUAUGGUUCUAUGCUCAUCACCUCUGUGGGUAUGAAAACGGCAUGGGGAGAGAUGAUGAGUUCUACCAGCCGUGACUUGGGUGAGCAGACUCCACUGCAAGUUCGCCUCAACAAGCUGACUUCCUAUAUCGGAAAGAUUGGAUUGGCUGUGGCUGUAAUGGUCCUUCUUGUUUUAUUGAUUCGUUACUUUACAGGAAAUACCACAGAUGAAAAUGGAAACAGAGAAUUCACCGGCGGCAAGGCGAAAUUUGAUGAUAUAAUGAAUGCAGUUGUUCGUAUUAUUGCUGCAGCAGUAACAAUACUGGUGGUGGCGAUUCCUGAAGGUUUGCCUCUGGCUGUUACUCUCACUCUGGCUUAUUCUAUGAAGUGUAUGAUGGCUGAUAACGCGUUGGUGAGAAAACUCUCUGCUUGUGAAACAAUGGGCUCGGCCACCACAAUCUGCACGGACAAAACAGGCACCCUCACUUUGAAUGAAAUGAAAGUAACAGAGUUUUGGCUUGGAAAAGAAGCGAUGAAGGAUUUUGAUAUGGCAGCUAACGUUAAUGAGUUGCUACGAGAUGGGGUUGGUCUAAACACAAUUGGUACUGUUUACCAGUCAAAUUCUGCAUCAACUCCUGAGAUUUCUGGUAGUCCAACUGAGAAAGCAAUACUCUCUUGGGCUGUGUCAGACUUGGAAAUGAAUCUGGAUGAGUCAAAGCAAAAUUGUCAUAUACUCCAUGUAGAAGCCUUCAAUUCAGAGAAAAAGAGAAGUGGUGUCUUGAUGAGGAGGAUCAACGAAAAGGCUGUUCACACACACUGGAAGGGAGCUGCCGAGAUGAUUCUGGCCAUGUGUUCUCAUUGUUAUGACAGAAGCGGUACGAUGAAAGUCAUUGAUGGUGAAGAACGAAUGCAAAUUGAGACAAUUAUUAAGGGUAUGGCAGCUAAGAGCCUGCGAUGCAUUGCCUUUGCUCACACAAAAGUUGCAGAAGAAAAUGGGAAAAGUCAUGAGAAGCUUGAAGAAUCUGGAUUGACCUUCCUGGGAGUCGUUGGUUUGAAGGAUCCAUGUCGGUCAGGUGUGGGUAAAGCUGUAGAAUCCUGCAAGAAAGCUGGAGUGAAUGUCAAAAUGAUCACUGGAGACAACAUCCACACCGCAAGAGCUAUAGCUAUUGAAUGUGGAAUACUCAGUCCUCGUAAAGAUUUGAAUAUCGAAGCUGUCGUCGAAGGUGUUCAAUUCAGGAAUUACUCACCUGAAGAGAGAAUGGAAAAAAUUGAUAAAAUCAGUGUAAUGGCAAGGUCAUCACCUUUCGACAAGCUUUUGAUGGUACAAUGCUUGAAGCAAAAAGGCCAUGUGGUAGCUGUUACUGGAGAUGGGACAAAUGAUGCACCUGCUCUAAAAGAAGCUGAUAUCGGGCUCUCCAUGGGGAUCCAGGGCACUGAAGUGGCAAAGGAGAGCUCCGACAUAAUCAUCUUGGACGAUAACUUUUCCUCUGUCGUGACAGUUUUGAAGUGGGGAAGGUGUGUCUACAACAACAUUCAAAAGUUCAUUCAAUUUCAGCUAACAGUGAAUGUUGCAGCCCUUGUCAUCAAUUUUAUUGCAGCAGUUUCUUCUGGUGAUGUCCCCCUAACUGCGGUUCAACUUUUGUGGGUGAAUCUAAUCAUGGACACCUUGGGAGCUUUAGCAUUGGCUACUGAAAGACCCACCAACCAACUUAUGAUCAAACCACCAGUGGGUCGAAACGAACCACUUAUAACCGAUGUCAUGUGGAUGAACCUCACCGCUCAAGCAUUGUAUCAAGUAAUUGUGCUACUGAUUCUGCAGUUCAAGGGAAGCUCCAUCUUUAAUGUGAAUGAGAAGUUGAAGAACACCCUCAUAUUCAAUACAUUUGUCUUCUGCCAGAUCUUCAAUGAGUUCAAUGCAAGGAACCUGGAGAAGAAGAACAUAUUCAAGGGGUUGCACAAGAACAAACUCUUCGUUGGGAUAGUUGGGGCAACACUAAUUCUGCAAGUGUUGAUGGUGGAGUUUCUCAACAGGUUUGCAAACACCAAGAGGCUGAAUUGGGUACAAUGGGGUGCCUGUGUUGGCAUUGCUUCCAUGUCUUGGUUGAUCGGUUGGCUUGUGAAGUGGAUUACAGUUUCUGGAAAACAGUUUCUCUUCUUUUUCAGGCGAGGAGCACCUGCAACUUGAACAGUUCAUUGGAACCCGAAACAGAGACAAUGUUCCCCAAGGUACGGCUGGGGGCUAUCGAUACAAGUAGCUCUAAAAAGACUUUUCAUGUGUGGGGUUCUUAUGACUGCCCAGCGACAGUAGUUUCAUUUCAUGAAACCAUGGGUUCAUUAAUCUCAAGUUGACAAAUUUCUGAAUAAAUAUGAACAGAAAAGACAAAUUACAACCAUGUUCCAUUUAAAUAAAGCUUUCUGUCUAAUGUCUAUGUUGGAGUUCAGGAGUGGUUUAGUAGAUAGAAUGUGUGAAAUAUUUGGCCCAACCGAUGAACAUAUUCAAGCCUUGGGCUGUUUAGAUUGGAUUUCUAGGAAUUUUGGUACUAAAGCAACUUAAUAUUUCUUCUUUACGGCAUG